AAACAAGUGAAGGACAUUUAAGGAAAGAAAAAUGCCUCCAGCGCGCUAUAAAUAACUACAAACCCUUUCACUCGUCCCUCGCUCUCACCCCUGCUUCUCCUUUUUCUAUCCUCUUGCCGCUAGGGUUUUUGCAUCUCACCUAAGUUAAGCGCUGAGAUUUCAUUAUGGGUAAAGAGAAGAGUCACAUUAACAUUGUGGUCAUUGGCCAUGUCGACUCUGGCAAGUCAACCACCACUGGACACUUGAUCUACAAGCUUGGAGGUAUUGACAAGCGUGUCAUCGAGAGGUUCGAGAAGGAAGCUGCUGAGAUGAACAAGAGGUCAUUCAAGUAUGCUUGGGUGCUCGACAAGCUCAAGGCUGAGCGUGAACGUGGUAUUACCAUUGAUAUUGCUCUGUGGAAGUUCGAGACCACCAGGUACUACUGCACUGUCAUCGAUGCUCCUGGACAUCGUGACUUUAUAAAGAACAUGAUUACCGGAACCUCCCAGGCUGACUGUGCAGUCCUCAUCAUUGACUCUACCACUGGUGGUUUUGAAGCUGGUAUCUCCAAGGAUGGUCAGACCCGUGAGCAUGCUCUUCUUGCCUUCACCCUUGGUGUAAAGCAAAUGAUCUGCUGCUGUAACAAGAUGGAUGCCACCACUCCUAAAUACUCCAAGGCUAGGUAUGAUGAAAUUAUCAAGGAAGUGUCAUCCUAUUUGAAGAAAGUCGGUUACAACCCUGACAAGAUUCCCUUCGUGCCUAUCUCUGGAUUUGAGGGUGAUAACAUGAUUGAGAGGUCCACCAACCUGGACUGGUACAAGGGACCAACUCUCCUCGAAGCCCUCGACCAGAUCCAGGAGCCCAAGAGGCCCUCAGACAAGCCCCUCCGUCUCCCACUUCAGGACGUGUACAAGAUUGGUGGUAUCGGAACUGUCCCAGUGGGUCGUGUGGAAACUGGUGUCAUCAAGCCUGGUACGGUUGUCACUUUCGGGCCAACUGGACUGACUACUGAAGUUAAGUCGGUUGAGAUGCACCACGAAGCACUCCAAGAGGCUCUUCCCGGUGACAAUGUUGGAUUCAACGUUAAGAAUGUUGCCGUGAAGGAUCUGAAGCGUGGUUUUGUUGCCUCAAACUCGAAGGAUGAUCCCGCCAAGGAGGCUGCGAACUUCACCUCCCAGGUGAUCAUCAUGAACCAUCCUGGGCAGAUUGGAAAUGGUUAUGCCCCUGUUCUUGACUGCCACACCUGUCACAUUGCUGUCAAAUUUGCUGAGAUCCUCACCAAGAUUGACAGGCGAUCCGGGAAGGAGUUGGAGAAGGAACCCAAAUUCCUGAAGAACGGUGAUGCAGGUAUGAUUAAGAUGAUUCCCACGAAGCCCAUGGUGGUGGAGACUUUCUCAGAGUAUCCCCCACUUGGUCGCUUUGCCGUGAGGGAUAUGCGCCAGACUGUUGCUGUGGGAGUGAUCAAGAGCGUGGAGAAAAAAGAUGCUUCUAGUGCCAAGGUGACAAAAUCUGCUGCCAAGAAGGGUGGCAAGUGAACCGUGCAGGUUGAUUCUACUGAAAUCUAUUUUAAAAAUGUUGCCGUGGUGUCCUGUUGUCUAUUCAAAGGAUGCAUUUCUGUGUAUCCUGAGAUUUUUAGUUUUGUGUCUUCACCAUCAUCACAAGGCUUUUUACAUAAUUGGGUUCUUGAUCGGCGGUGGCGUAUACAAGUCUUGAGGCAGUUUCCUCAUUUUUGUCGUGUCGCCCAAAUUAAGAUGGUGAUGAUAUAUUUCUAGUUUCAUAACAGCCAGCUUGUAUUUUCAAUUAAGUCUAGUAUUUUGAUAAUGAGAAACCCCCCAUAUGAAGUUUUGUGA